AAGAUAGGGCUGAAUUAAGUCUCCUUAAACCCACUUUCAACUGGGUAAGAAGAGAGAAUACACAUGCCGACACAGAGAGGGGAAAAAAGUACUGCAGAAAAUUUAAGUCAGAAAAAAAAAGAGUCUUGUCUCUGGUUCUAAUAGAUUUUAAAAAGAAAAUGGUAAGCUCAUCGAAGGACACGGCCAGUGAUGGUGACACAUCCAGCAGGGAGACGCCUCCCCCCGAUUCCAGUCUCUUCUCCGAGGGCGAGCGAGUCCUCGCUUAUCAUGGCCCUCGCAUCUACGAAGCCAAGGUUCAAAAGGCUGAGCUACGAAAGAAAGAGUGGAGAUACUAUGUUCACUACCUUGGUUGGAAUAAAAACUGGGACGAAUGGGUUGGCGCAGACCGGCUGUUGAAACAUAAUGAAGAGAAUUUAUUGAAGCAACAAGCUCUCCAAAAAAAACAGGGUAUUGAUAAGAGUGCAAAGUCGGGACGUUCUGGUCAUUCUAAGCAAAAAGAUGCAAAGGUGGAUAAAGAUGACAUGAAGAACAAUGUGGUGAAAGGGAAGAAGCGAAAGAGUGAAUUGGGUGUAGAGAAGGACAAUAUAUCUUUAGAAAGGCUGAUCAAGAUCCAAAUUCCUUCAACCUUAAAGAAGCAGCUUGUUGAUGAUUGGGAAUUUGUUACUCAGCAGGAUCAGCUUGUUAAACUUCCACGUUCACCCAAUGUUGAUGAGAUUUUGACAAAGUAUAUUCAAUACAGAAGAAAGAAGGAUGGCUUGAUGGUUGAUUCAGUUGCAGAAAUCAUGAGAGGCAUUCAGCUAUACUUUGACAAAACAUUGCAUGUGAUGCUUCUUUACAGAAAAGAACGUGAACAGUAUCAUGAUGUAGUUGUAGAUAACGUUUCUCUAUCUACCAUCUAUGGUGCUGAACAUUUGUUACGCCUCUUUGUCAAGUUGCCGGAGCUAUUGGCAUAUGUCAACAUUGAAGAUGAAACACUGACCCGCAUGCAGCAGAAAUUGACUGACUUUCUCAAGUGGCUGCAGAAGAAUCAAAGUAGUUUUUUUCUUUCUAACUAUGAUGGAUCUAGUGUUUCUGAUGAUAACACCAAAGGAAAAGAUGACUAAGUAUCGAUGAAAAUGCUGUGCUAUCUUCUUUGUAAUAAUUGACGUCAUUUACCGGUGUUGCCGCCAAGUUUAAUGACUGGAAGGCAGCAUCCAAUUGUUGUAGCAAUGUAUUAUUUUUUGGUUUCAGGUGGCCAGUGUUGUCAAUUGAAGACUUCUUUAUGUACAAUGAAGCCAGUUUAUUGUAAUUUCUCUGAUAAGCAUUUUUUAUUGAGACUUUUAUGUAACACCUCUCUCGAUUUCUAUUCAAACAUCAUUUCUGUCC